UCGUUGGGUGGUCAGGAGAUUUUCCAGGAUGAAUUUACUGGAAUUAAACGAUGAUAUCCUCAUCAGCAUCCUGAGAUACCUAAAUGUGAGUGACCUGGAGAAUGUGUACAGUGUAUCUGAACGGCUGGCGGAGUUAGUGGAUCGGUAUUUCUUCUACAGAAUGACCCUAGACAUCCUGAUGACUUGCCACCGGAAGAAGGAUUCCCUGCAUUUUCUAAGAACACAUGCCGACAGCCUCUCUUUCAAGCGUCGCUGGAAACUGCAUGAGAAUUGGUGCAAGGGCAGAUAUGAGGAAUCAAUGUUCUUUCCACAUCGAGUGCCCUAUUCCUCUCACAUUCACCUGGAAAAGAACUGGCUGUACAUGACCCAUGGAGGGCAGGUAAGACUCCACAGGAGACGCAGUAAAGACUUCCUAAAGAGAUUCCCUGACCAAGCUUACGGGAACACUCGAGAUCCCGAUAUAACAGCCUUUACUAAGCACGGAGAAAUAAUUUUUGCCGGAACAAUGUGUGGAACUGUCCUCCUGCAUGAUCCUCAGCACUGUUCAGUGCAGAAUUUUAUCAGUCAGAAAAUAGCCUCGGUAAAGGAGUACUUAAAUUCAGUGGACUUCCGGGGAGAUGUUUUUGUGACAACUACCAAUCAAACGGCAAAAAUUUGGAGGAAGGAGACAGAGUUGGAUUUUGUGCUACUAGAGAGCAGUCAUGAUCUCAAACAGGCCUUCAAGUGCAUCAAAAUCAACCCUGAUGGAGACAAAGUAGCCGCUGGAAGGUACAGAGAUCCCAAUUGUGCCCUCAAACUCAUAGAUUUGGCCACAGGAACAGCUGAAGAGCUCAAUUCUGCUUCCCAUGCUGUCUAUCACAUUCUCUGGCGCGAUAACUUCACUCUGCUCACCGCCAACUUCGAUUCCACCUUUCGCGUAUUUGAUAUCCGAUCCAAUACAGAUGCUCAAGUCUACGAAGAUCCCUAUGACUCCUCCAUUUACUGCCUGGACCAGGAUGAUCAUUUUGGAGUGCUCUGUGGAAUGAAGUAUCAUGGCAGAGUUAAUCUCUAUGACCUCAGGGUGACGAAGAAGUUCGUCCAAAUGUACUAUCCCUCGCAGAUGAACUCCUACGGAUCUCCGGUCUAUGAUAUAGCCAGUGAUGCUACUCAACUUUUUGUGGUCACCGACCGGAAUUUGAGGCUGUUCAACUUCGAUGCGGAUUGGGCAGUUUAUAGGGACUACUCCAAUGUCUUCAAUUUCGACAAGUGAAUGGAGCAAAUGGGAGCAAACAGGAAGCAAGCCAUGAUCAGGAGCAAGAUGUGAUCUGUAGGGGAAUUCUAUAUUUUUUACCAAAAAUCUCAAAUAUGUGACUUCUGACAAUGCCACGUGAGCUGAAAUGGCAAUGUCACGGCGGUCACGGCUACAGAAUCGCAUUUUCGAAAAAGCUAUCCAAAGAUUCAAACCCAAUUUGUCAUAUGGCAUUGCCAGAGCGUUACAGAAUUCCCCAUGGGAAUUUGUAAUUUUCGUGGGAUUGUUACGCGUGAGUUCGAAACCUGACAAUGCCAUUCGAGCUUUUUUGUCAUAUUAUAUGAGUUCGAAAUUGCGAUUAAUUGAAUUUUUAAUGAAAUCCCUUUACUUGAUGAUUUUAUGAAAAUAUAGUACGUCUUGGUUGAUUUUUUUAACAAAAUUCAUUGUCAAUUGAAUUGCCAGAAAUCUCAAAUAUGUGACUUCUGACAAUGCCGAGCUGAAAUGGCAAUGUCAGGCUACAGAAUCGCAUUUUCGAAAAAGCUCUCCUGAGAUUCAAACCCAAUUUGUCAUAUGGCAUUGCCAGAGUGUUACAGAAUUCCCCUCCAGUAGGGCAAUUCUGUAAUUUUCGUGGCAUUGUCACGCGUGAGUUCGAAAAAUGACAAUAUCAAUUGAGCUUUUUUUGUCAUAUCAUAUGAGUUCGAAAAUACAAUUCAUUGAUUUUUCAAUGAAAUCCCUUUACUUGAUGAUUUUAUGCAAAUACAGUCUGUCUUGGUUGAUUUGUUUAAUAAAAUUCAUUGUCAUUUUAAUUGCCAGAAAUCUCAAAUGUGUCUUCUAACAAUGCCACGUGAGCUGAAAUGGCAAUGUCAUGGCUACAGAAUCGCAUUUUCGAAAAAGCUCUCCAAAGAUUCAAACCCAAUUUGUCAUAUGGCAUUGCCAGAGCGUUACAGAAUUACCCUCCAGAUCACAUAGAACUUGUGAUAUCCUUUCUAGUUGAAAUGUUAGAUUUAGGAAAGCCU